UACAUUCAGCAGAACAUUAGAUCAGAUUGCUCCAAUAUCGACAAAAUCCUGGAGCCUCCGGAGGGUCAGGACGAGGGCGUGUGGAAGUAUGAGCACCUCAGGCAGUUCUGCCUGGAGCUGAACGGAUUAGCCGUAAAACUGCAGAGCGAGUGCCAUCCAGACACCUGCACCCAGAUGACCGCCACAGAGCAGUGGAUCUUUUUAUGCGCUGCCCACAAGACACCCAAAGAGUGCCCUGCCAUUGAUUACACCAGGCACACGCUGGACGGAGCUGCCUGUCUUCUCAAUAGCAACAAAUACUUCCCCAGCAGGGUGAGCAUCAAGGAGUCGUCGGUGGCCAAACUGGGCUCCGUCUGUCGUCGCAUCUAUAGGAUAUUCUCUCAUGCCUACUUCCAUCACCGCCAGAUAUUUGACAAGUAUGAGAAUGAAACGUUCCUGUGUCACCGGUUCACGCGCUUCGUCAUGAAGUACAACCUGAUGUCCAAGGACAACCUGAUCGUGCCCAUUCUGGAGGAGGAAGUGCAGAACACCUCAUCAGCCGGGGAGAGCGAGGCCUAAACACACGAGCUGCUGCCAUAAAGGGAGACACAUGUAAAACACACAACCACACACACGACAGAGGAGACACACACAACACACACACACACACACACACACACACACACACAUAUAUAGAUAUAUAUAUAAACACACUACAGUGUAUUAAGGCUCCUGUCUAGUAACACUGUCCAUGUCCCUCCACCCUCGUCACCUGUGUCUAUCUCCGAGGAAGUAAGGGUUAAAGAAUAGCGGGAGCAGAGUUCAGCCACGCCUGCGGGACAAGACGACGUUUUCUAUCCUAUUCACACUCUCCGUGUCGAUCCAGAGUCGCUCCGCGUCGCUGGAGGCAGCCCCUGCUCUCACACUACUCCUUCAGGGGAAACCCCUUUUUUUCCUUUAAUCUUCUUUAAGCAGCUGGAUUUGCAAAAAUUAUGUAAUCAUGGUGACCUGUAUCAUUGACAAAGGCACACACUGACAGCCUCCCCCCUCCCUCUGUACAUAAACCCACUCCUCCUCCUCUUCUCUUAAUUCACUAUCAUGGUUUUUGAUGGUGCCUCACUUUUUCGUGUCUGCUUCUGUUUCUCUCUAUUUGCUUGUGUUGCCUAUCGUUCUGUUUUUUCGGGGGGGUUGUCCCACUCAAACGGAUCACUUAAAUUAGCCUGCUGACUUAAUAAUGCUAUUUAAACACAAACGUAGGUGUGUGGCUUGUGUGGUAGUGAACAAAGAAAACUUAAUCUCUAGCUUUGUUAGUGUACUAGCAGUCAGAUAUUCUCUCUCUUCGGCCUCUGAAAUGACGUUUCAGAGUAUUUAGGAAAGCUCGUCGGCUAACUCUGAUCCUGCUUUGUGACAUGCCCCUCAUUUUAAUACUGUGUCAAAUGUGCCUGAUAUUCCCCUUUCCUUGACAGAACAGAGACUUUACGGGGCUGUGCUGCUGUAAGCCAGUUUUUACUUGAUAUUUGUGAGUAAAUACCUCGAGGAAAGGACGAAAUAUCGGCUACAUUUACGUAUCGGAGCACAACCUCCCUUCUUUUUACCCUCCCCCUCAUUAAGUUAUUUUGUGGGAGGAGUCUUGUCAAUCCAAACCCACUUUUUUUUUAAAUGGACUAAAAAAUUUUGUUACUGUCGACAUUUUCAUGAUGUCUGUUAAUAAAAAAGACCUAUUAUUCA